UAGUAAAAGUAAAGUACGCUCUACUACUUUCUCCCAAAAAAAUGAACAUGGCAAAUAGGUUCGUGCAAGCAGAUUCUAGUAACCUACCAGAAGUAAACACCUUGAUGAUCCUUGAAUAUGUUAUAAGCAGCAACAAGCACAGUAUUGAUGAAAUAAGAGAUGUGAAACAAUUGGCGGCAUCAGACGAAAAUUAUGUUAUAGAUGCUGUAGGAUUCGUACAGCUUAAAAACAAUGGCACUGAAUGCCUUGUUAAGGCCAAAGUUGCCUCGGAAGAGGAGGGCGAAAUUAAAUAUUACACUGUGACUGUUAAUGUAAAUGAAAAUACUAUUAUUAACAGUUCAUGUAAUUGCCAUCCUGAAUUAGCAGGAGGAUGCAAACACGCUUUUUUGUUCCUGUGUUGGUUGAAAAAUAAGUCAUCCAUACCUGAAAGAGCUCCAGUCCAAUGUUUUUGGCAUAAGCCUCUACUGGGAACUAAUUAUUCACUGCUUGCUAAAGACAUUUUCAAAUUCGAAGCAAAAAAGAAUGCCGAUGAACAGCAACCAAGAAACCCUGAUGUGCUCAAGAACUUUCUUGAAGAAUGUAAGAAAAGAAACAUCACAAAGUCUCUUAUUGUGAAACAUUCACCUCCACAGUAAAUGCUGUUGGUAAGUGCUUAUUGCUAAAUGCACA